CUUAAUGCUUUAAUAAUGGCAACAUCGCCAUUUGGCGUCCAUCUUUAAUCUUUGAUGUGUUGUGUGUGUUGUUGAGCAAAAUUGCUAAAAAAUAUUGUUACGACUUAAACUGUUCCAAAAUAAAUACUGUCAAGAACAUUAUUAGCUUGGUAUUGUUGUAAUCUUUUACUUGAUGAAGUGUGAAUAUGGAUAGGUUGAAUCAGUUGCGAGAAGCGGGGAGUUCUCGAGACUCCACGCUUGACACUUCAUCUCCGCCGAGUGAAGCUUACAUGACAGCCAACGAGAGCUCUUCAAAAUAUUUUUCUCUGUCAGAUGUGGAUUCUACAUUUGAUAUUUCCCCAAUCAAAGAUGUGUCUUCUACUAUAGAGACAGAGAGGACAAUUACUGAACCAGACAGACUGAUAUCUAAUUUGUCUCCAAUCGGAAAGAAAAAUGACUUCCUAGAUAGCUACAAAAUUGGUAAACAAAUAGAAGCUGCUAAUAUUUUGUCUGGUGGUGUGGAUAUAUUUGAUGAUAAUGAUAAUUCCUAUGAUGGUGAUGAGCUUGUUAUUGAUGAUAAUGUUGAAGGUGAGGAGAAGUGCAAUGCAGAUGUCAAGCUGGCAGAGUCUCAAUUUAAGGAGGACAACGCUGCUGAAACAACUCUAGUUGAUUCGGAACCAGUGCCUCGAAAAGACUCCACUGAAGUGAUACUGCAAAUUGAUGGAAAAAAUGUUGAUGCAAUUGACAUUGGUAAUGGUUUAUAUCUAUAUAGAAAGGAGGGUGAAGAGGAAUUGGCUGCUGUUCAGAUUGAUGAGGACCAACAGCAGCCAAACUUUAAGUUUCUCAAAGUGCGUGAAAAUAAUGAAGGAAACUUAGAAGUGUAUGAAGAAAUACAAAUUGAAGUCCCUAAAGAAGUGACUGCCCAAGAAGGAAGUUCUAAUGAAGUUAAUGUGUCACAUGUACCCAUUAAAGACAUAAACAAAGUUAUAAGUGACAUCACUAGCAGCAAAGUGACUGAAAGAAAAUCUAAAACACAAAAUGAAAGUGCAACAGUUUUAAAUAACAUCGAUAAAGACUGUAUUAAAGAAAUUUGUGAAAGUAAAACAGAAGCAAAUGGAAUAUUUAUGAAAUUUAGUGAGUCUAGAAAAUCGCCAGUUGUAGGUAGUUUCACACCAAUGACAUAUCAUUCAACUCCAAAUAAGGAGGGCAUCCCCCUUACUAAAACAAUGGUUGAUUUGCACCUACAUCCUAACAGACAAUCAGAUAAUGUUAAGAAAACUAUUGAAGUUCACACUGAUAUAGCAAAACCAAAAGUAGAUAAAUAUACAAAAGAUAAUGAUGAUAAAAUAAAAAUUGACGACAUUGAGCAAAAAAUAGAUGCAAAGGGAAAAUGCUUGUCGUCAGCCUCAAGUACUGAAAGUUCAAAGCACAACCAUGCAGAUGAUAAUGUGAAUAUUAAUGAAAAAUUAAAGAUAAAUUGUGAAGAUAAAGAAGAAGCAAAUAUUAGCAAAACUGAAUGCUUAAGUAAAGCUGAUGUGAAGGAGAAGAUAAAUUGUGAUGAUAAAGAAAAAGGAAGUGUUGCCGAAACUGAAUGCAUAAGUAAAGUUGAUAUUAGUGAAAACAAAAAAGAUGAAUCUAAAUCUAAGUUAGAACCUGUACUUGGAAUCUCAAAUCAACAAGGAACUGAGAAAAAAACAUUAGAAACAGCAGCCAUUGCUCAGUUAGAUUCAGUAGCAAAAAGUGUUUCUGAAACAUUAUUGAAUGAUGCUGAAAAAGAUUUUAAAAGUGUUAGUGGCAUCAAUAAAAAUGAAUCUAUUGUCAAAUUAAAAGUUGCAAGUAGUACAAUCGAAAAUUUGGAAACAAAUGCAAAAGUCGAUAUUGUACAAAGUCAAAUUAGUACUACAGAUAAAAACUCUGCUAUCAUUUCUAUAGAAAAUGAAAACAAAUUAAAAGAUGUGGAUGCCGCAAGCAAAGGAGCCGAUAAGAAUGUAGCUGACCAGCAUUGUAAAGAAAUUUGCACCAAUAAAAUUAGUGAAGAAUCAAUAAAAGACAAUAUUAUUGAUAAUGUUAAAGAUACAAAAAUUGAAAAAACAUCAAAUAUUGAUUCAGACUCAAGUGAAGGUAAAGCUGUAAACUUAGCAGGUACUGUGUUGAAACCUAAUAAGGAAAUAAUUUCUAAUAUAUCGAAAGACGAAAUCAAUAAAGAUUCUUUGUUACUGAGUACAUUGCCAGAUAUUAAUACUUCACAAGAAAAAUUACUCAAGGCACCAGAUAAUAAAAAACCAAAACUGGAAAAGAUCAUUAAACCUGAGUUACUGAAAAUAGACAAAUCGUUAGACACUAAAGAAAGCACCGCUGACUCAACCACAGUAAAAAUAAUUGAACAAAAAGUAUUAGUCACAAAAGAAGUUGCUUCCCUAGAACAGUCUUCCUUUUCAGAUCAAAAAGACAUCUGUAAUGCAGAAUCAAAACCUUUGGUUACACAAAAUAUCAACCAAAAUAAAGAUAUUGCAACUGCCAAGAAGAUAUUUCCUAAAGUUAGUACUGCAACUGAUCAGAAACCUUCCAGUGUCAAUCAUAUACCUGUUCCGUUUGGCAAAUGGACAGAGGCUAAUAGACAAGCGUUUUUAAAUAAAAUAAAAGAAACAAAAGUGCCUUCAAAUAGCUCUAAUGGAAAACAAAUAAAGAAUUCAAAUGAUUUAAAUCGCAGAGAUGUAUUAAAAAAGAUAGACAGUCAUAGACAGACGCACACCAAUAUAAUAUCAUCAAAUGUCAAAGUUCAAGAUUUUGGUUGUAGCAAUAGGUUGCCCAUAAAGAAAGAAGCCUCCGUUUUUUCGUGUAAACCUGCAAUACAAGACAGCAAAGUUCCUGUUAAAAAUGAAACUUCUUUAUCAAAAAAUAACUCUGUAGCUGCAAAAAAACAUUUCAAGCAAGAAUCAUUUCCUAAAUCACAGACUGAUUCAGUAAGUGUCACUACUGAAUCUACUGCUGCAUUGAAAAAAGAACAAACACAAAGAAAAGAAAUAAAUAAUCAGGAUUUGAUUGACAAAACUAUUGAAGAUAUAAUAAAUAGAGCCAUACCUAUAAAAUCUCAGCCAGAUAAUGUUCAUGAUGUUAUGAAUGAGACAUUACAUGCUUUACAAGAUAAAGCAAAAUUCGAUGAAAUUGAAAAGAAAAUGAAUGAAUUACAUGGUAUUUCGUGCUUAGCAAAAGCUAGUGAUGCGGAAAUUCAGCGUGCUGAUCAAAAAACAGAAAAAGGUGAUAAUCAAAAAGUGUCAUCGAAUAAACAAAGUAAAAUACCUAGUCUUCUUCCAUUUCCUAACAAAAAUCAGCGAAAAGGCGUGAAGGAAAAUAUUACAGAUAUUGAUUCAGAAGAAGAGAUUAUUGAACACGAACCAAUUACGGGUGAUAUGGAUCUAAAUAAAAAACAAACUACAAAAUUACCUAUAUCUGAUAAAUUAGAAAAUGCUGCACCAAUAAACCCUGAUAAUUCCAAGAAAGAAGCCAUUAUAACUGAGAAUGAUUUUGAUAAAUUUGUAAGACGAAAUUCAAUAAGUUAUGAAAAUUGUAUAACUGUUAAUUUUGAUAACAAAGAACAUAAUGUAUUUCAGACAGUUGUACAAAAGGAAAGUGUUUUGAAAACAUAUUCUAAACAUGAUUUCGCAAAUCGCGGAAAUAAACCUAUGUUGCCCCUAAAGCUCGAAACCGAGAAACAAAAUAUCAAUUUUUAUCCAAAUCAAAAUACAUCUAAUGUAGCGACUAUACACCACGAAGAUAACACAAACAAAAAUUAUCACUCAAAAGUGAAAAUGGCUUAUCAAAAUGCCAUAACAGCGAAACGCCAAUCGGAACGCCAAAUAACUAUAAUAGAAGACAAACCGGUGAAGGUCGUCUUUAUGGAGAGUAAUGUUGAAUUUAUUCCAAAACAAUUAAAUGCUCAAGGAAAUGAAUUAUCUCCAGUAAAAAAACAAACUUCUAAUAUUGAUAUGUGUGCAAUUUCAACUAGCGACUCACUCGACUCGGACAUAAUAGAAUCCAUAGAUGAUGGAAAAUAUCAAGAUGAGACCAAAUUAAAAACAAAACAUCAAAGGAAACAAGUUUUAACUCCUGUAGAAACUCCUGAGCUAGAGUUAAUAGAACCCGGUGAUUUAGGAAUAGAAGUUUCUCCAAAAAAGAAACGAAAAAUUGAAGACAAAGUCGAGAAGAGUCCUAAGGCAGUAGUCCCUAAAAAAUCUUAUUUAUUAGGUCGCGGAACAAUAAUUGAAAAUGAAGUUUCCAAACCGUACGAAGUUAUUAACGUUUUUGAAAAGGAAUCGGUAAAAAUUGACAACAGUCAUAUCACACAUAAAAAUACAGCUUCAGCUAUUGACAAUCUUGUAAAAGCAGCUGAAUUAUUAGAAACUCAGUCAGAAAACUUGACUAAAAGUUCUCUACUAAUACAAAAUUCUGAUAGUCAACAAAAUACACCUGUAAAGAGAGGUAGAGGACGUCCGAGAAAAUAUCCUCUACCUGAGGGAGCUGUUGAUAAAGCUAAAGUUCCGACCCCACAGAAGAAGCCGAGGCUCUCAGAUGUCAAAACUGAUAUCAGUCCAAAGGAAAACACGGAAAGGAAUCGGGAUACAGAUGAUGAUAGCAGUGAUGGUGAAAGAAUAAGAGAAAAUUGGACAAUGGGAAAAAUUAAUGAAAAUAUACUUUGUCCUAUCUGUAAUAAAUUGUUCCGUUCAGAAAAUGUAGUUUUUAAACAUGUCAAACAUUGCACUGGACCUUCGCCAAACAGAUCCGACUCCAGUAACAAAAGCCCAAGGAGGUAUAGAGAUUCACAAGAUUCGGACACGAAAUCUGGUGAUAGUAAAUUAGAUGAAAUGGAUGUCGGCGAUAGUGAUUUUCCUAUAAUAGACAUGAGGAAAAAACGAAAAUCAAGAGAUACCAAUCCCAAAUCCAUGACUGACAAAGAAGAAAUUAUUGUACUUGAUACUCCAAUUAAACCGAAACCGGAAAAGACCGAGGGUAUUAAGCUCACAACGUCGAGGAAAAUAACUUCAUAUAAAACCAAAAUAUUUGAUAAAGGAAAUGAUUUGAUGUGUGAAUUCUGUGGCAAAACAUUCAGACAACUCUCUUAUUUGGUAAAUCAUAAAUUGCAACAUGAAAAGGAUGGAUCGAAGAAAAACGUAACCGAAAUAAAGACAACAAAAUCUGUAUUCAGUUGUGAAGUCUGCAAAAAAGAAUUUCGCAAACUACAUCAUUUGGUACAACAUCGGUUCAUUCACAAUCCUACUGUUGCUUCGUCUACUAAAUUAUCGAGAAAAACUUCUUCCGAACAAAAUGAUGACAAAGCUUCCAAAGACCAGAAUAUAGUUAAGCAAAACGAUGACGCCAGUGCUGGUUUUCGUUGUGAGCCUUGUGACAAAUCGUUUAGAAAAUUACAUCAUUUAGUGGAACACCGAGAAACUCACGAUGGCAUAAACAGACAAAAGAACACCACCACAUCAGGAACAGUGGAAAAAUCACAACCACCUCCACAAUGUGAAAUAUGUAAGAAAACCUUCAGAAAGCUACAUCAUUUAAUUGAACAUAAAGAGCAGCACUUGGACACUGUUUCUGAAAAAUCUGAUGACAAAAGUGUGAAGAGUUCUCUCUCUACCAAAGAUAUUAUUCAUGAAUGUCCACUUUGUUACAUGGUCUUCCCUAAUGAGCAUUCAUUGAAUAAACAUUCAAUUAUAUGCCAAAGGAAAAAACGCCAGGCUGCUUCUAAACAAAAUAAACCAAAAGAAGAGCUAGAAAAUGUCGAUCAAAAUAGCGAGCUUGAUAUAGCUGAUGAAGAGUUUGAUAAAGAUAACGAUGAGGUUAUACUAGUAUCAACAGAAAUCAUUACAAAUGAGAAAGACGUACCAAGUGAUACACGCGAAGAAGGUCUCAAAGACAUUAUAGAUAGAAACAAUACCGUAAAAUCUGCUAAUGUAAAAACAAAUGACUUAUCUCCUGAAACACCAAAACAUAACAUCACAAUUGAAAAACCAAAGGACCUUGAAAUUUCUAGAGGUGAGCCAUUAAAUGAACGUGAAAAGGAAGCAGUAAAAGUGAUAUUAGAUCUUCCAAAUAGUUGUAAAAAGCCAGAAAAAAGAGAGCAAACCAAGAGUCAUGAGACACUGAAGAAAAAGGCAAUAGUUAAAGAGAAAAUAGCUCCAACAGUCGCAAAACGGCUGAAACCAAAUCUUCCAUUACCUAUUGUUGAAUCUAAAGAGUCUAGUGAAGAUGAUGAUGAAAUAAGAUACAUGCUGAAUCCAAACUACAAAAUGGAUGACAAUACUGAAGAGAAAUUAUUCAUGAAAGUUAGAGCCAACAAACGGAACUCAUUGCAAGUCGAACGCCCUAACUCUAAAGAUUUAAUCAAAAGACGAAUAUCGCUACAACACUCGCACAAAGUUCCUCGUUUAAAACCCAAGCUAGUUCAAAGCAAAGCAAUAGUUACUAAUACAGCUGUAUUAGCUAAAAAGGUUAAACCAGAGCCGGCUCCUUACACAGAUUCGGACGAUAGCGACAUAAAAUAUUCUUUUCCAAAAACUAUUACUGAAAAGAUCACAAAAUCAAACAUCGAAGAAUCUUCAUCUAAAGAAACAGGACGAAAGGUGCCGAGAAAAUCCCUGGCGGAAAAAAGAAAAUCGCUAAGUGGCAUCGCGAAAAGGAAAUCCCUUGGAAGGCCAAUAGGUGCGAAAAACAAAGUAGCACAACCUUCGCCAUUGAAACCGUUUAAAAAACGUAUUGCGGAGAUAGAGCACAGGUGCGAUUGCGGCGAGUUGUUCAGUAGCGCCGCAUUGUUGUCCCGCCACACAACUCUCGCUCACACACCGCCGCGAAUACGGCGCCGUCGCUCCCCCCCUCCCGAGACCAAACCCAAAACUACCCCCAAAACCAAAACUACCGCCAAAACAGCCCCCAAGAAGACCUCUGCCAUCCCCAAACCGGAUGUGAGCGUAUCGCGAAAAUCCAGCGUCAGAAGCGAUCAUAACGCCCGCACCGCAAUCACGAGGAAAUCCAGCGCUCCGAAAAUAGAAAUAAAAUCACCCGACUCGCGAAAAUCUCUCAAAACCAGCGAAGCUCCAAAAACGGGCAUCGCAGACGUAAAAUUGAGAAGGUACACCGCGCACAAGGGAGUGCCCGUCCCAGAGAAAAUGAAGAAAAUGAUGGAGAAAUCCAAAAAUUAAACCUCACUAUUACUGAAUCGGACUGAAGACAUUUCCCAGGCUGUUGGACGGAAAUGAUAGGCUAGUGUUAUAGGUUAGGUGAAUCGCUAGUUUUAUAUUCUAGAUGAAAUCACGCAUCACGACGCUCUCGAUUAACGUAGGUAACAGACGGACCAUUGUAAUAUAGAAAUAUUUUUACAUAUUGACGAUUAAGACACUCACCCGACAUAUAAUACAAUAUUUUUAUUGUGAGCCGUAAAAGCGUUGAUAUUGUCUAUAUGUAAAUUGGAGGACUUAAUAAUAAAUAUAUUUUGUCAAUUUGUUGUAGAACUAAAUAAUUAACUCGUAAGUUCGAUAAAAUAUUUAUGUUUUGCUAGUUUUAAGUCGAAGAUCGUCUUUGACAUUACAAUUUUUCGCGCAGUGCAAUUUCAGCUGGCAAUUGUUAGUCGAUUGUUGAAUUCGAUUUAUAUCGUUAUAUUAUCGUAGAAGAGGGUAGUCUACCUCUUUUGAUAUAAUAUAAUUUUACAUGCUUCUAUCAAUUUACGCAAAUAUAGUAUAUUUUACUAAUUGAAAUAUGUAAUAUAGUCAUGGAAAAUGAGCUUAUUGAGUGAACGUUAAUUUCGUUGGGAUUUAUGUUGACGGAAUUGAAAAAUACUGAAAACUAUCCAUUCAGUUAUAGUCUCUUAAUGUUGAACUAUUUCUGUAAGUUCAACUAUCAAAUAUAUAGAUAGUGGUUGAUUUUAUCAUUUCAUCAUUGAAAUGAAGUUCGGGAAUAACAAAAUUAUAUCAAUGGAAACACUGCAUAUGAUGGAUGUGUUGAAAUUAUUAUAUUGAAACAAUUUUAGGCACAAGACCAAAAAUUUAUAUUUUGUAAAUUUCAAUUUACCUAUUUGAUUGCCGUUGAUUGAAUAUGGAUGUAGUUUAGAUGGAUAUAAUGAAAGUCUCAGUUAUAUCUGUUUGUUGAAGACUUGUUCAUGUUUAUACUAGGGACACAUGGGUUAUCAGAGAGUGUUGCUGCUAGUUUUACCAGUGCAAACAAGAAAAUGUCCUAUUCUUUUUACUUAUGAUGCAAAAAUAAAACUUAUUACAGGAAUAGGUUACUCAAUUACAUAAUUAGUUCUUAGAUUAAUAUUUAAUUCUUUUUUUUUAACUUCAAUCUUAUUAUAAUAUUUUAAUUUAAACCCGGGUGGUUUGGCUGGCCUACGUUGCCACCGACCGACUUACUGUAGCCAUUAUUCCUACACGAACAAAGAAAUUCGGUGACUCAUUUCUUUGUCGUACUAUUCCUGAGUGAGUUCCUUCCUACAAUCUGGGGUCCUUUAAGAGAGGCGUGAAGAAGCAUUUUUGCAGGCCGGCAAGGUGAGGAUGGUUGAGGUAGCAGUUUAUAACUGCUGUACCAGCUAUCUUCUCGUUUGAACUUUAUCACCACUUAACAUCAGGUGGGGUAGAGUCCUUUGCCUACCUGGCAAUAUAA